AUGAAGCUGCUUCCCACGGCUCUAGGCGGCCUGCUAAUCCUCGUGCAGUCCGCCGCCAUGGCGUCCGCCGAAGACCUCGCCGGCCCUUGGCCUAGUCCUAACGGCAAUCUGAAGAACGUCAUCCAACACCCUACCGUCCCCUCCAAGGAGAUCGCGUAUCAGAUUACCCAUGUUGAGCUGGCGUUUAUGAAUUCCGACACUUUCAACAAGGACGUUGCAGAGUGGCCGCUUUUCACCACUGUCGAAAAGGUUCGCACCCAUUUCCGACCCGGCACCAAGGUCAUGGUGGCCAUUGGUGGCUGGAGUGACAACAAGGGCUUCGACACUGCCGCUCGUACCCCCGAGUCGCGGAAGAAAUGGGCUCAAAACGUUGCCGACAUGGUCAAGGCCACCGGUGCUGAUGGCGUCGACAUCGAUUGGGAAUACCCUGGCGGAAACGGCGAGGACUACAAGAAUAUCACCAACGAAGAGAAGAAGUGGGAGAUUGAUGCCUACCCACUGCUACUUGAGGAAAUUCGCAGACAGCUUCCCAGAGAGAAACUCAUCUCGGCUGCGACCCCUGGGCUCGAGGGUGACAUGAUCGCAUUCACCAAGGAGCACACACCCCGUAUUGCGCGCGCCCUCGACUUUAUGAAUGUCAUGGCCUACGACAUGGUGGGCCGCCGAGCAAACGUCACGCAGCACCACACCGGUCUCGAGUUGUCCCGCAUCGCCGUCGAGAACUACAUGAAUCGUGGGGUUCCUGCCCACAAGAUCAAUCUCGGUCUCGCCUUCUAUACCAAAUGGAUCUCGACGACUGAUUGCCCUGAGGGCAAGGAAGUCGGAUGCCCGACGCCGUUGAUGGAGGACCCCGUCACCGGCGCUGAUCUUGGGAAGACGGGAGGCUUCAGCUGGGCGGAUGGAGUCUCCGCGGGCGACAAGGAAUCUUUCGCGCGGGCUGAGAAAGACGGCAAGUAUGACGAGAAGGGUGGUGGUUACUACUACUUGGACAGGGCGGAGAAGAAAUUCUGGACCUACGACAACCCCGAUGCCAUCCGUCGCAAGUUCCCCGCCAUCGUGGACCGCAUGCGAAUCGGCGGCGUCUUCGCCUGGGGGUUGGGAGAAGACGGCCCCGAGUAUAACAACCUCAAGACUGUCAACGAGGAGUUGGCAAAGCGAAGGGACAGAAGACCGGGCAUCUGGGGACCCGGCCCGCAUGACUCGGAUGAGCUGUAG